UGGGUUCUUUUUCUUUUUCGCACAGAGAAAACAACCCUAAAUCUCGGGUUUUACUUGCAGAAGAAGCAAUAUAGUAGCUAGGGUUUAUGUUCUCUGUUACUGUUUAGGGUACAGAUCGAAGAUGAACAAGGAGGGCUUAUCAAACUCGGAGGCUUUCUUCUCUCGGAUGGGAACUUGCGACCCAUUUGCAUCGACGACUUCUUCUUCUUCUUCUUCCGCCCCUCGAUGCUCCAAAGGCGAUACUGAUGAUCUCUCCAUCAUCGUAUCUUCCCAAACAAACAUGUUCCGAAACUCCAACAUCGCAGGGUCGAUACCUUGUCAGGAUCGUUCCAGGUCUGUUCCAUUAGGACAAGACAAUGUAAUUAUCCCACAUCGGUCCAAAACCUCGCAGAACAAUCGCUGUGAAUACGUCAGAAUACAUCAUAGUUCAGACAAUAACGGAUCAGUUGUGAAGAACGAGGUUACCGCGCAAUCAUCACAACCCAAAGCCAGCCCGACAAGCAAAACAAGGAUAAAAUGGACUCAAGAUCUUCACAAACAAUUCAUCCAUUGCGUAGAACAACUUGGGGGUGCUGAAAAGGCAACUCCAAAGGCGAUAUUGAAGAUGAUGAACACAGAUGGGCUAUCGAUUCUCCAUGUCAAGAGUCACUUGCAGAAAUACCGUAUUGGUAGGCACAUUCCGGAAUCUCUUCAAGAAAGAAGCAGCAAGAAACGUGAUGCGGAUUCCAUAGCUUGGUUCGGCUCAAAAGUAGGCUUACAACUCAUGGAAGCCCUAAACCAGCAGCUAGACGUCCAAAGAAGCCUCAGCAAACAACUCGAGGUUCAAAGAGAUCUGCAGGAACGCAUAGAAGAAGAAUGGAAGAAGCUUAGGCAAAUGUUGGACCGACAGCUCCAAAGACAAAAAUGAUCAAACCCUAAUUAGACCCUUAAAUCAAAUAAUUAAUCUUUCUGAGUUUAAAGCAAUUCAUUGGUGAGUGUGGGCGAUCAACUUAAGGAUGCUAAUUAACCUUUUUUUUUCUGUCGUUUUUUAAAUGUGAUCAUUUUAGUAUUUGAUUAAUGAUACCGCGCAUAAUUCGCUG